CUUUGAACCUACGAUAAAUUACUAUAGCAUAUGAAUCAGUAUCGAAUUGCAAAAAAAAAGUCGUUGUAUUUAAUAAAACAACAAUGUGCGAGUCAUGUCAAAAUUCCAAAGUUUAGAAAUCUUUCAGGGACUCACAAAGUAGUUUUAGAAAUUCUGACAAAAACUUUCGCUUCCCCAAUAUAGUGAGAUGAAGCCAAUCGUUUCUAUCAUCUUCAAGUGACCAAUGAGAUUUUCUAGGAUUCACAUGAGUCAAAACUUUUAAAACUACUUUGAGAAUGUCCGAGUAUAAUUGGUCAACUUUGAAAUUUAAGCAGUACUGCGUCUGAUUAAUAUUUAGCAAGAAAAAGAAAUUAGUAGUAAUGAGUUGUGAAAGUUAUUGUGAAACACGAUCUGAAAGAAGUGUUGAAGUGUGUUUAGGGUAGAAAUUUUGCACCCACUUCCCUUCCGACAGAUCGUGAUAGAGAAACUGUAUUUCUAAAGCAUCAGAUAAACAGAUAGCUACAAAUUUAUCACAAAGAAAUGAAACAAAAGGAUUUCCAUUUUAUUAGUAACAAUAGAUCCAUCAUGUUUCACAUUUGUAAUCUCCUAAUGGAUUGCGCUAACAGCUGUUUUUUAGAGAGUCUUUAAAAAAGGUCUCCUAUUAAAUAUUGAUGUCAUCUGUUAUUGUUGAAGUAUCAUAGCUUUAUGUUUUGGUUUUAGUGAAUCAAGUUUUAAUACUAUUGAUCAUGUUUAAUGUGUUUUUAGUUACUGUAGAACUAUUGUUACCACGGGUAACACAAUAGAUACCGAAGCGAAACAAGAAAAAAUUAUUCUUGAUUGUCCACAAAAAGGAACAGCAAGUGAGUUUUAUUGGGCUUGUCGAAAUGGAGAUAUUGAACGAGUCAAACAACUGUUAUUAACAAUAUCAUAUAAUGAUUUGAAUCGACUGGAAGCAAAUGGAAGUACACCAUUACAUGCAGCAACACAUUUUGGUCAGAUAGAAAUUGUUCGUCUACUUCUACAACAUCAUGGUGUUCAACGACAUCGACGAAAACUAUAUAGUCAUACAGCAUAUGAAGAAGCUAAAACAGAUGAAAUGCGAGAAAUAUUUUAUCGACCAUCGAAUGUAAAUCGAUUUUGUGAUAAUGAAUGUGUUCAAAAGACAUUUCAAAUUAUUCCACCACAGGAUCAAAAGUUACAAAAAGAAUUAAACGAUAAAGAUGAUUUCAUUGAUUCUCAAUGGCUAACUGGUAUUCGUAACGAAGAUGAAUUACUUAUGUUGAAAAAGUGCUUCUAUAACGGUAGUGGACGAGCAAUUUUUCUGUCAAGUCCAUUUAGAUGCGGAGCAGUAUGGUUGAUCUUUGCUUGUGUGUUACCUUAUUUGAUGCUUGCAGUUGCUGCUGCCAUAGCACUUCCAAUGCUUCUCAUCAAGCCAACGAUCGAAACUACACAAGAUACAGCAUCUACAACUUCGGGUGCAGUUACGGCUUCAGUCACGGCCUCAAGUACGACCUCAACUACAACUACAACUAUAUCGAGCAAUCCAUGUUUUGCUGGAACCUAUUGGAAUGUUACCGGUGUUACAUAUGCAGGGAAUGGAACGAGCGGUGCUGCUUUAAAUCAAUUAUCUUCGCCAACUGGCAUAUUCGUAACGCCAAAUGACACUAUGUAUAUAAGUGAUAGUGGCAACUGGCGUAUAGUAGCCUAUUUACCUAAUGCCACUAGCGGUUCUAUUGUAGCUGGCACAGGAGUAGGCGGAAGUGCCCUGACUCAAUUAGCUAUUAAUGGAAUACGCUAUACUUAUGUUGAUGCAAAUCAAGAUAUUUAUAUAAGUGAUUCAUACAAUGCUCGUGUUGUGCGUUGGGCAAGUGGUGGUUCUACUGGCGUAAAUAUAGCUGGUAAUAAUACUGGUGGAAGUUCACUAAAUCAAUUAAAUUAUCCAUACGGUAUAUGGGUAGAUUCAAGUUUAAAUGUAUUUGUGUCAGAAUAUCAAAAUCAUCGUGUCACAAAAUGGGCAUUGGGUGCAUCAGCAGGUGUUGUUGUUGCUGGGAUUUCAGGUUCCUCAGGCUCAACAACAAAUUUAUUGUCAGGACCCACUGGUCUCUAUUAUGACGAAGCUAAUCAAAACUUAUAUAUUAGCAAUUCGAAUACCGGUGCUACUGUGAUGAAAUGGCAAGUAGGCGCUUCAAAUGGUACGAUCAUGGCUGGUCUUGCUGGAAGUCCCGGAUCAAGUUCAAGUCAAUUAAAUACUCCAACAGGAAUAAUAUUAGAUCAAUGGAAAAACAUAUAUGUGAAUGAUCGGUCUAAUUCUCGAAUUCAACUUUUUUGCAACGGUAAUUCGACAGGCAUCACCAUUGCUGGGAGUGGAACUGGUGGAAGUAGUUUAUCUACUCCAUAUGAUGUCAAAUUAGAUUCACAACACAAUUUAUAUGUUGUUGAAAAUGCUGCUCAUCGUGUUACGAAAUUUUUUAAACUAUAA